AUGACACGAGCAUUCGCAGAACGUUCCGGACGAGAACUCCACUACUAUUAUUCUGUUGAUACCCACAAGAAUUUACCAAUAACAGACGACGAUCUACGUGAUCACUUGUACUCCCUUAGCACGGGUACAACAAACCAAAGAUUGGGUGCCCUACCUUUGGUGAUUGGAAUGCCUGUUAUGAUCACACAAAACUUCGACAUUCAAGGCGGUGUGGUAAACAGCUCAACAGGGAUCCUAAAGAAAAUCCGGUAUCAUGAGGACGAUGCAGGAAGACGAAUAGCCACGUCCUGUGUUGUAGACAUACCCACUAUGACUGGAGACUGUCUCCCAGAACUCACCCCCCACGAGGCAGUCGUGCUCAAGGACACUGUGGAUAUG